AUGAAGCUGACACACUCCUUUACCUCCUUUUGGGGAAUUUUAUUGCAUUUCUUAUUACUAAACACUACACUCGUUCACGCACAUCCUCACAAUGUCCUCCAUUCUCAAUCUCGGUCUCACAGCGCUGUGCCGCGAGUCCAGGAGGAACACAAAGCGCUCGAGAAGCGUGCACUUCCUGAUCUCAGGGUAAUGGCCCUCGGAGCAUCGAUUGUCUUUGGUGUAGGAUCAAGCGAUGGAAAUGGUUUCCGCAAGUUACUGCGAGAUCAGCUUCGUUAUUCCGGUUACAAUGUUGACAUGGUUGGCACCAAAAACGGCGGCACAAUGAAAGACAACGAUGUGGAAGCAACUUCUGGCUAUGUCGUCUCGCAGAUCCACGACGCUUCGAAGCUUUCCUACAAGUAUAAGCCUAAUCUUGUCGUUAUCAACGCUGGCACGAACGAUCUCGUACACAACAUUGACACGGGCAACCAACAUGAGAGGCUCAAGUCAAUGUUGCUCGAUCUCUGGUCAAACAUCUCUGAAAAGACUGUUAUCAUCCUCUCUACCAUCCUCCCAGUCGAUAAACCCGACGCUGAAAGCCUGCGUGGCCCUGUCAACACAAAGUAUCGCGCUGUGGUUUCAGAGCUACGCAAGCAAGGAAAGCCUAUCUUCCUCGCAGAUCUAGACGGUUUUAUGACGCUGGAUGAUCUGGGCGAUGGUACACAUCCAACUGAUUAUGGCUUCAGAAAGAUGGCCGGCGCAUUCUGGUCAGCUUUUCAAGAAGCCAAGAAUGAGAUCAACGAUCCCCUACCAGCUGAUCUAGCAGGUGAUUCGGGCAAAACAUGUCGCAAGAGUCCUGGCGAUGGCGUCAAUGCUGGUUCUCAGACACAGAGAGGCAGUGGCUAUGACGACGGCACCUACGAACACGACAGUCAAGAGAUGGGUACUCUAAUGACCAUCACGAGUGACUGGGAUAGAGACCAGUGGUUCUUUGCCCGUAUCUUCCGCUCAGACCGAGACGAUCUUCUCGGUUGGGUUGAGAACUCUGCGGGUAACGUGGUUUACGCCGUCCGAAGGAACGAUGGCGCUGGCAAGUUCACCAAGAUCAACACUGAUCUGGAUGUCCACGACAACUGCAAGAUCAAAGGAGUUGUCUUUAUUGACCUCAACGGCGACGGACUCGACGACUUUGCCUGUAUCGGGUCCGACGGUGCCGUCUAUGCCAGUAUCAACCAAGGCAACGGAGGCGGCGACAAGCCUCCUACCUUUGUCUACAAGGGCCUGUGGAGAGCUGCCGACUCCAAAUAUCCUCAGAGCAAAGUCCGGCUAGCUGAUAUCGAUGGUGAUGGCCGCGCCGACUUCUGUGGCCUUGCUGAUAACGGCGAUGUCUACGUCUGGCGCAACGGAUGGAUCGACGACAUGCCCAAGUAUUGGCAAGCUCUUGGGAAGAGAUUUGAAGGAAAGGGCAUGGGUAACUUGGAUGGUACUCGUUUUGAAGACAUCAAUGGCGAUGGCCGUGAUGAUUGGGCUUGGGUAGGCGACCAAGGCGAAACGUUUCUGUGGACCAACCAUCGCAGCUGUGGUGUUGGCAAAGAAGGUGAUGGCCUGAAGGUGGCCUGGCGUCCAGGGUACUACAAAGGCAAGACUUCAGGUCCUACGCACACAGGCGGCUUUGCCAAGGGAAUCCGGAAUAGGAUCCAUUUCGCCAGAAUCUACGGUGAGCCCCAAGACUUUGGUCUGCUUGGCAAGCAGGACUACGUAUACAUGGAGCACUCCAAGGGAAGUGAUGGAAAGCACACGUUCAAGAUGCGGGUCUGGAAGAACAAGGGAUACGGAGGCACGAAGCUCAAGGGCGACGGUAACAAGUACUGUGACAUGACAGGAAACGGACGCGACGACUAUGUCUGGGUUUUGUCAAAGGGAGAGAUGGACUUUUAUCCUAACGCUGGCAAAGACUUCAUCACGGACAAGGACAGCUACUGGGGCCCUAUGCAAAAAGCCUUCUUCAAGCCACCUCGUGACUUGGAUCGACGAGACCUUCACCUUACAGAUUGGGAUGGCGACGGCAAGUGUGACAUUGUCUGGGUCGAUCCUGAUAACAAGAAUCACGUUUCUGUUUGGAAGAACAAUUACACUCCUGGCGGCGGCUUCAAUUGGCAAUACCUUGCCAACCCAGCGCCGGAGCUCUACUGUCCUGAGAAGCGCGGCAUUGGUUUCCAAGACUUGCCUGUCCAGUUCGCCGAUGUCACUGGUAACGGGCUAAGCGACUAUCUCUGUAUCGAAAAGAAUGGUAGGAUCUGGGGAUGGACACAGGAUUCUAAAGGUUCCUGGACAUACAUCGACCAGUUCUUUGGUACUAAAGGGCAUGAUCGCGCCAACAUGCACUUUGCUGAUGUCGACGGUGAUGGGCGUGAUGAUGCCAUCUGGGUCGAGAAGUUCUCAGGAGAUGCCUUUGUCUACUACAACAAGGGCCGCAAAGACGUCGCUGGGUCCCGAUACCAUUGGGAGAUUCAGGAACGUGGAGGUCCCUUCCCAGCCUAUGGUGGUAGCUAUGCUGGUUCCUGUCAGUAUUUUCCGGACCUCAACGGUGAUGGAAGAGCCGAUCUUCACAGCAUCCAAGCAACCUUUCCCAAUACAGCUGUUACCGCAUACAAUAUCUGUGGCGGCAACCGAUCCGGCGACGAUAGCUCCGACAUCAAGAAGCCGGACCUUAUCAUCCCCCCG